AUGUAUGAACAAGCUAUUAAUCCUGAAAUUACAAUAUCAAAUAUUCAAAGAAUGGAAGGUGGUAAAGUAGUUCGUGGGGUGGACUUCUUUUCUUGUACUGUUAAUAAAUUUUCUCUUGUUUUUGGUGAUACAGACGAGAAUGUUAGUGUCAAAAUAGAGAAUUUUAAGUACAUUGCGAGUCUUGGGAUUAUGAAUCUUCCCAUUGAUGUGAAGUGUAUUCAACUCAAAACGUGUGUUGCUAGUGUUAAUUUCAAAUUACAGAAUGUGUAUGGGUGUGGGUCUCAAUAUAGUAAUGACAUUAUUUCUUUAUCGGGUGUUGUAUCUAUCAACAUCAAUAAUGGGUUUGAUAAAAGUCAACUUCGUUCUGAUCAGGUCGACGUUUUGUUGUUCUGUGAAAGUCUUAAACCGAGGAAUAUGAAGAGGUUUACUGUGACACAAAUCAAUUCGGUCAAUGUGAAUGUGUUAUACUCAUUUGAAGACAUUUUCUUCCUUCAAAGAAUGGUACACCACUUGACGGAUAAAACACUUUUAUCAUCAAUCUUUGAGAGAAACAGUGGACGUUCUGUCCACGAGUUUUUCAAUGUGCCAAACAUGACGAUGAACUUUCAGGAAUUAAAAGAAACGUCUCUUUAUCCCCAUUCGAGACCACUGAUUUUUAAAGGGUCUGUGUUUGGACAUACAAUGAUGACAUAUAACGAAAAGGAAAUGGCACGACUUGCUCAGAUUGGAAUCGAUGCAUCGUAUGAACAAUUUAAUAUAUUUGCUCGAGUGAAUGUGAACAUUGGGAAUCAAAAGAAGAUAAUUGUUCCAUUUAUAUUGUUGAAGGGGGUGAAUGAUUUGGAAACGGUCUAUAUGUUGGUCAAUCAAUUACAAGUCAUGAGAGUACUAAUCCACCCAUACAAUCAAAAAACAAAUGAACUUCCUCAAAAAGUUGAAUGUGACUGGAAAACGUGGUUUGGCAAAGACAUGGUGAAGUGUGUUCGAGUUGAUGACGUUUUAACACAUGAGACUCUCUACGAAACGAUUCAACAUAACAAAAACAAUUUGAAGGUCAUAGAUGAAACAUCAAUAUUCUUGGGGGAAGGGAAAGGCGCAAGUCCAUUUGAGACUCGAUUUGUUGAGGUAGAAGUACCAUUGAUUCAUGACGCUCCGAUAAAUGUUACUCCAAUCCAAGAACAAGUCAUUGAAAACACCGAUGGGCGUAUUGAAGUUGAAAUCAAAUGUAUGAAUGUGGAUGCUGGAAUUAGUCAAGAGAACAACGGCGCUAUAACUAUUAUAACACAAUUGGCAAUGAGUUUCAAAUUCAACAAAAAUGGUAUUGUGUUCAAAAUACAACCAAAACAAAUCGAAGUCAAAUCAACAUGUGACACAACCUCUGUUCUUAAAAUAACAAAUAAAAAAGAUCAACAGGAAGUCAUUGAAAUUAAUGGCGGACUCAAUUGGACGAAACCAAUUGAUGGAGCUAAUAAUGAAAUGUAUAUGACUAUAUAUGCAUAUCCAAAGAACGCGACUCUUCUUAAUGUGAACCUCUCCAUGUCCGUUGGAAUGCAAAUAAAAAAGAUGAUGGAAUUUAAAGUGGAGUGUUUGCCAGACUUCAUUAAAAAUAUUUCACAACCUUUUGUAUUCAAUGUGGCAAAAAUUGAGGUCAAACUCAUCCGCACCAUUUUCCAAAUUAAGGUGUGUAACCUUGACUUAUGCUCAACUAAAGAAAUAACAUUCGAAGAAAAGGAAGUGUGUCUGAAAAACAUUGUUGGAGAUGCAAAGUAUGUGUUCAUCUCAUUGCUUGCAAAGGUCAAAGACCAAAUGCAAUUUUAUAUACUUUUCGAGGAAAUGUUAUCCAGCGUGUUUGAAAAAAGAGUUUCUGAGAUUACAGACAUCAUCAAUAAAUACACCAAAUUCUGA